UUAGGCCUCCGGGCGGCGGGGGCCCAAUCGCAAGAGGUGUUUUCAGGUUGGCCCCGCCCCUCGUCGGAUCAGCUGAUGGGUUUGGCGAUGUCUGUUGACAGCGGAGCUGGGCAGAGCUCAGGGCAGCCGAAGUACAGGCGCCGCAGCCCAGGCCCGAGCAGGAGCGCAGCCUCGGGGGCCCCGGGCUCGAGCCAGAGGCGCAGGCGCGGUGCCCGGCGCAGGCGCAGACCCAGCUGCCGACCCCGACGCAGCCUGGCUGGACCGAGGCCGGGCCCGGCCCGGGGCGAGCUUGCGAGCCGGAGCGAGACGGCAGAGGGAGAGCCCCGGGGCUGGCGGAGCAGAGGCCGAGCCGGGCCCGGGCCCGGAGCUGAGGGAGGGAGCCGGGGCGGACCCCGGGCCGGCAGCUAGGGGGCGCCUCCCUCUUCGGGGCCGAUGUGAGUCCCGAUGGAGCAGCCGUGGGGGAGGCUGAUACGCCUGGGCGCCGCCGAGGGCGAGCCCCCCGUGCUGCUGCGGAGGAAGGAGUGUACCAUCGGGCGCAGGAAAGGUUGUGACCUUUCAUUCCCUGGUAACAAAUUGGUGUCUGGAGAUCACUGUAAAAUAGUGGUGGAUGAAGAAUCUGGUCAGGUCUCUCUAGAGGAUACCAGCACUAAUGGAACUGUAAUUAAUAAAGUGAGGAUAGUGAAGAAGCAGUCAUAUGCUUUACAGACUGGGGAUGUCAUCUACGUGGUUUACAGGAAGAACGAGCCAGAGCAAAAUGUUGCAUAUCUCUAUGAAUCUUUGAAAGCAAAGCCAAGCAUAUCACCAGAACUCACUGAGGCUACUGGAAGAAAUGUGUGCAACGUGACCAAAGAUACCUCAGGUUCAGAAGGAAGCAAUGAUACCCAGGUUAUGCCAUCCUUGCCCAAUGAUCAGUCUUGCUUUGAGGAACCACAGCCAUCUACAUCCACAUCAGACCUCUUUAAUACGUCCUCUACCUCUCUCCUGGAGUCUGCUACUGCUGAGCGGGAGCAUCCCUCUAGACCUGGUGGAGCCAGGUGUGUAAGCAUAUCAUCACCUGAAGAUCAGUAUCAAUUUGCCACAUGUGAUGAUACUUCCAGCUUCUUAUCAGCUCCUCUGGACAAAGAGGGAACCUCAGCUUUCCUAUCCAAACCUCAGGACUGGGAAGACUUGGGGCCUGCUAAAAAGAAAAUUAAAGGAGAUGGGCAUACGAAUCUGAGUCUGCAGUUGUCUGUUGCAGACCAGUGUAAAAACAGCAGGGCCGUUCCUGAGGAAGUGAAAGCAGAAAAUAUGAAACCAGACAAAAUGGAAGAAACUCUCACUUGCAUUAUUUGUCAGGAGUUGCUGCACGACUGUGUGAGUCUGCAGCCCUGCAUGCACACCUUCUGUGCCGCUUGCUAUUCAGGUUGGAUGGAGCGAUCCUCCCUCUGUCCCACGUGCCGGUGUCCGGUCGAACGUAUAUGCAAAAACCACAUCCUGAACAACCUGGUUGAGGCCUACCUUAUCCAGCACCCAGAUAAGUGCCGUAAUGAAGAGGAUGUGCGCAAUAUGGAUGCCAGGAAUAAAAUCACACAGGACAUGCUUCAGCCAAAAGUCAGAAGGUCCUUCUCUGAUGAGGAGGGAAGUUCCGAGGACCUGUUGGAACUGUCUGAUGUGGACAGCGAAUCUUCAGAUAUCAGCCAGCCGUAUGUGGUGUGCCGACAGUGUCCCGGUUAUCGCAGGCAGGCCGUGCCACCCUCCCCCUGUCUGCUGCCUGAGAGGGACGGAGGUGCCUUCGAGGCCCCUGCAGAUGCCCCCUCCACCUCUGCCAGCUUUCCUGCAGCCACCCAGGACUAUGUGUGUCCUUCACAAGGAAGUCACGCCAUAUGCACCUGCUGUUUCCAGCCCAUGCCAGACCGUCGAGCUGAGCGGGAGCAGAACCCGCAUGUCGUUGCCCCCCAGCAGUGCGCCGUGUGCUCACAGCCCUUCUGCCACCUGUAUUGGGGCUGUACCCGGACAGGCUGCUCGGGCUGCCUGGCACCGUUCUGCGAGAUAAAUCUUGGUGAAAAAUGUUUAGAUGGUGUACUAAACAACAACAACUACGAAUCAGAUAUUCUAAAGGCUUACCUAACAUCCCGGAACUUGACAUGGAAGAAUGUGUUAAAUGAAAGUUUGCUGGCUCUUCAGAGGGGACUGUUUCUCUUGUCAGAUUACCGAAUUACUGGAAAUACUGUGCUUUGUUACUGCUGUGGCCUACGCAACUUUCGAGAGCUGACAUACCAGUACAGACAAAACAUCCCUGCUUCAGAAUUACCAGGGACUGUAACAUCUCGUCCUGAUUGCUACUGGGGGCGCAACUGCCGGACUCAGGUUAAAGCUCACCAUGCCAUGAAAUUCAAUCAUAUUUGUGAACAAACACGCUUCAAGAACUAAGCCUGGAAGUACUGAUAGUCUUGGAUAUUUUUAUGUUAAAAAAAAAAAAAAAAAAAAAAAAGUUUCAAGACCUCAAAUACAGAACAUAAAUGUUUUCAGGGCAUUUUAAAGUUCCCUCUUGGAGGGGAAUUGGAUAUCUCUGCAUCAGGUACUGGUGUGAUUUUUUUUUUUUAUUUUGUAGAGCUUUAUACUUGAGUAAGACCUUUUUUAAGUAACCUGAAGAGCAUUUCAUGGUGCCCAUCAGGCACACCAUUGUGUCAGCAACAACACGGACUGGAAGACACACUCAGGACAGGCAGGAAUGGCACCGAUGGUCAUGAGAUGUCCUGAAGCUGAAGUGUUUGUUGUGCAUCGGGUUGAGUUAAAGCCGGGAUUGUCAAAGGAAAAAAUUCAGCACCAACCACUCCACCUCCCACCCCCAUCUCUUACAGAUGAGAGCCUCAUUUUGUUUCUUCUACCUUCACCAAAAUGGUUGUUAGAUCAGGAAUCCCUUUUUACCAAGAAUUUUGUAUGGCAAAAAAAAAAAAAAAAAAAAAAAA